CCUCCCUCAUUCCAUCCCUCCUCUUCCAGCCUUUGUAUUCUCCCCUCCCAGACAACAUGGCGAAAGCCUACGAUCAUCUCUUCAAACUUCUGCUCAUCGGGGACAGCGGGGUGGGCAAGACCUGCCUCAUUGUGCGCUUCUCAGAGGACAGCUUCAACAGCACCUACAUCUCCACCAUAGGUAUUGACUUUAAAAUCAGAACCACAGAGAUCGAGGGGAAGAAAAUAAAACUUCAGGUCUGGGACACGGCCGGGCAGGAGAGAUUUAAAACAAUCACAACGGCGUAUUAUCGGGGGGCCAUGGGGAUUAUACUGGUCUAUGACAUCACAGACGAGCGAUCCUACGAGAAUAUCCAGAACUGGAUGAAGAGUAUUAAAGAGAACGCAUCAGCCGGGGUGGAGAGGAUGCUGCUGGGUAAUAAGUGCGACAUGGAGAAUAAAAGGAAAGUGCCCAAGGAGCGAGGCGAGAAGCUCGCUAAGGAACAUGGCAUCCGAUUUUUCGAGACAAGUGCCAAGUCCAGUCUGAAUGUAGAUGAGUCAUUUAAUACACUGGCCACAGAUAUCCUAAUGAAAAUCUCCAAGAGAUCAGCUCCAGGAGUUAAGGACCCAGUGGAUCUGAAAGGCUCAUCGAAGAAGGGAAGUAACAAGUGUUCUGUGCUUUAAAGGGAUGAGGAGGGAACGACUGUCGGGCCCCAGUCAGUUUAUGGGGAAAGGCAAAUAUAGGACUUUAAAUUAUGAGCGAGACCCAGGAACCUGCUGUGAAAAGAGGAAAAUCUCGGGGUCCCUGACUCACCCCAUUUCCUGGACUUUAUUGGGAGACUUUCCCAGCCCCCCUUUUUGAGCAACGCUUAGUGCCAAGACCCUGUAGCAGGGAGAAUCCAAGUACCACGGGGGUGUUCUCUCUAUAGAUAUUAUUCUGCUGGGGCUCCUUAUGCAGCAAGUGGACUCUCCUGCCCCCUGGUGGCGGCUGCUGGAACUCCCUUUUAGGGGGUGAGACUUGGCGGAGUGAGCAGGUUUGGGAGGUGGCAGAAUCGCUCAGAACUUUGGGAUAUUCCAAAUAUUAUUCAUUGCAGUCUUAAAGGGAAAGUUGGCUGCAUCUUUUCUUUAUCACAAAUGCAGCUCUAAUGGGACCAUUGGCUGCACACGGGGAAUUACGUGGGAUUCUAGCAGUGCCAAUUCAGGGAUUUUAUAGAAAUUUGUUAUUUCAGCAGCAAUCGUUUCCCAAUAUUCUGUUAUUCUGCAUAAAACCGGCCUGUUUUAAAGGGAUACUGUUGCCAGAUUAAAUUGUAGAGUAUGAGCGAUAAGAUAUAUAUAUACAACUUUCUGUUCCUGAAUAGAGACAUUUUAUAUACUGGUAGAUCAUGUGACCAUCUCUACUUCCUCUCUGGUUUAGCACAGCAGUCCUAGUUUGCUUUAUGGCUGGGAUUAUAGAUUUUAUAGCAAUAGUCUGUCUGUAGCAGAGACAAGAAGGCUUAGCCUGAGGUUACAUUUACCACCAUUAAUCCAUAUCUGCCCCAGUCUCCACUCCAGCUUUCCCUCUACCUCCCAACUGCCCUUUAACCCUUUCCCAACCUUCUAACCUCCCACCCUAUUAAUCCUGGUGUAAUCAGUUAAAUGGAAACAACGUGGAUUAGUCUUCCUUGGGCCCCGGCCUGUAUCCCAACCAGUCCCCCCCAACAACACCUGCCCCCCUGGGAAUUCUGGGUGCCCUUUUGACACCUGCAGGUUAUAAUGAGACGACAGUAUCCCUUUAAAUGUGUGAGAUGAAAGAAGGUGUAUGUGAAUGGGCACAAGGUGUCAGGUAUAUAUAUUGGGAGUAGCAAGUGAUAUUUAGGAAGUAUCAGGAUGGAGAAGGAAUGGGAAAUCUGUUUAUUCAAGUGAAAGAUUGUUUGAUGUUGGAACAAAAGGUGGGUUCAAUAUAUAAGAAUAAAAUGGCAAUGAAUAUAUCUCACAUUUAGGGGACAAAGAUUAAUGUGUAUGCCCCGCCAUCACUUGGGCUUCCAGCUGUUGUCCGACUACAACUCCCAGCAGGCCUAGUUGGGUGUUCCAGCUGACCGCUGAUCUUGUAAUGCAGAAUGAGGAGGGUGCAAAGUGUUACUGUGAGAGCAGCCUGAGCCAAUCCAAAAAUUCAAAAAGCCAGAGCCAAGUAACAUAGGAAAAUGCAGAAUUCUGAGUGGUGGAUCAUGUGCCUUUAUCAGCUACUGUAUCAAUACUGUGCCUUUCUGCCCUUUAUGUGUCAUAUUCUGAUUUGUACCAGAAAUAAAGACUAAUAAACUAGAAUUUAACAUU